AUUAAUCUACUCAAAGUUUACAUAUAUCCAUGAUGUUAGGCACUGACAAAAAUGCUCCUUUUUCUUGAUUUUAUGUCCUUUUGGUUUCUCGUGUACUUGAGAAGCACCACAUAGUGAAGUAAACUCUUUUUCUAUCUCUAUAUCUCUCUCCUCAGCUUGUCUUCAACUGCUUGAGCUUUCUGGGUUUUUGCAUGAAAGACUUUAAAGUAGCUUUAGUGAGAUUCUGCUUUCUAUAAACUUUUUUUAGGGAGAGAGUUUUUGUUGUUUAGCUCUUAAAUUCCAGAGAUUUCUCAAAAAAAAUGGGUCUUGGUUUCUGGGGUUAUGCAUUGAUUUUUCCUCUGUUCUUGAAGCAAGUUUAUUGCCAAGAACCAAACACAGAUGGUUUCUUUGUCUCUGAAUUCUUCAAACAAAUGAGUUUAACCUCUGCUCAAGCUUACAACUUCUCUGCUCCCUUUUGCUCAUGGCAAGGCUUGUUCUGUGAUUCCAACAAUGAGCAUGUGACUGUGUUAAUUGCCACUGGGAUGGGUUUAUCUGGUCCAAUCCCUGACACAACCCUUGGCAAACUCAGCAAGCUUCAGUCUCUGGAUCUCAGCAACAACAGAAUCUCUGCUUUGCCAUCUGAUUUCUGGAGUCUGACCACUUUGAAGAGCCUCAACCUCUCCUUCAACCAGAUCUCUGGCUCUUUCCCCAGCAAUGUUGGCAACUUUGGGCAGCUUGAGUCCCUUGACCUCUCUCACAACAACUUCUCAGGUCAAAUCCCUGAGGCUGUGGACUCUCUUGUCAGCUUGAGAGUCCUGAAGUUUGAUCACAAUGGGUUUCAGAUGUCUAUCCCAAGAGGACUUCUUGGCUGCCAGUCUCUUGUUUCCCUUGAUCUCUCCUCUAACCAGCUUGAAGGGUCUCUCCCUGAUGGGUUUGCCUCUGCAUUUCAGAAGCUCAAAGCUUUGAACAUAGCAAGAAACAAGAUCCAUGGCAGGGACAGAGAUUUUGCUAAUAUGAAGUCCAUCACUUCUCUCAACAUCUCAGGGAACCAGUUUGAAGGCUCAGCAACAGGUUUGUUCAAGGAGACUCUUGAGGUGGCUGAUCUCAGCAAGAACCGGUUUCAAGGUCAUAUCUCUCAGGUAGAUUCCAACUGGACUAGUUUGGUUUAUCUAGACUUGUCUGAGAAUGAGCUCAGUGGAGAUAUCUUCAAGAAUCUCACACUACUAAAGAAGCUUAAGCACUUAAAUCUAGCUUGGAACAGAUUCAACAGAGGGGUGUUUCCUAGGAUCCAGAUGAUCUCUGGUUUGGAGUAUCUCAACUUGUCUAACACAAAUCUCUCUGGUCACAUACCAAUAGAGAUCUCAGAGCUGAGUGACUUGAACACACUUGAUGUUUCUGGAAACCAUCUAUCAGGAAACAUCCCUCUGUUGAGUAUCAAGAGCCUCGCGGCUAUCGAUGUUUCCAGGAACAAUUUGACUGGAGAGAUACCAAUGCCUAUCAUUGAGAAGCUCCAGUGGAUGGAGAGUUUCAACUUCUCUUACAACAACUUAACGUUUUGCACUGAAAAAUUCUCGCCUGAAACUCUCACCAGAUCCUUCUUUGGCUCUACAAGCAGCUGCCCUAUUGCUGCAGACCCUGCGCUCUUCAAGAGGAGACGUUCAGCCACUGGAGUACUCAAGGUGGCUUUGGCGGUGACGCUCUCCGCCAUGUUCUUGCUCAUAGCAGCUUUGGUUUUUGUAGCGUUUGGCCACAAAAGGAAAGUUAAAACCAGUGAAGCCAAAGAUGUCUCAGUUAAGGAAGAACAAAGCAUCUCAGGUCCGUUUUCUUUCCAGACAGAUUCCACCACAUGGGUGGCUGAUGUCAAGCAGGCAAACGCGGUUCCCGUCGUUAUCUUUGAGAAGCCGUUGCUGAACAUAACGUUCUCAGAUCUCUUGUCUGCGACUUCCCAUUUCGACAGAGACACUCUUUUAGCAGAAGGUAAGUUCGGUCCGGUCUAUAGAGGCUUCCUCCCUGGUGGGAUCCAUGUAGCUGUAAAGGUUUUGGUCCAUGGCUCGACUCUUAGCGACCAAGAAGCAGCUAGAGAGCUGGAGUUUCUUGGGAGAAUCAAGCAUCCGAAUCUUGUUCCGUUAACUGGAUACUGCAUAGCUGGUGAUCAGAGGAUAGCUAUCUAUGAGUACAUGGAGAACGGUAACUUGCAAAACCUGCUUGAAGACCUGCCGUUUGGAGUUCAGACAACAGAUGACUGGAGCACGGAUACAUGGGAAGAAGAAGGUGACAAUGGAAUCCAAAACAUAGGGCAUGAAGGUCCGGUUGCAACGUGGCGGUUUAGGCACAUGAUUGCACUUGGAACGGCCAGAGCAUUGGCCUUCCUUCACCACGGUUGUUCACCGCCGAUGAUCCAUAGGGAUGUGAAAGCUAGUAGUGUCUAUCUUGACCAGAACUUGGAACCGAGGUUGUCUGAUUUUGGUUUAGCUAAAGUCUUUGGAAGUGGAUUGGACGAUGAGAUUGCCAACGGCUCGCCCGGUUAUCUCCCUCCUGAGUUCUUGCAGCCUGAGCAAGAACUGCCAACGACAAAAUCUGAUGUAUAUUGCUUUGGUGUUGUUCUGUUUGAGCUGGUCACAGGGAAGAAACCUGUUGGAGAUGAGUAUCUUGAUGAGAAAGAUCCAGACUUGGUGACUUGGGUUAGAAGUUUGGUUAGGAAGAGUCAAGGAUCAAAAGCUAUUGAUCCGAAAAUACAACAGACAGGCUCAGAAGAUCAGAUGGAAGAAGCUCUCAAGAUUGGGUACCUUUGCACCGCUGAGCUUCCUUCAAAGCGCCCAAGUAUGCAACAAGUAGUUGGUCUUCUCAAAGAUAUUGAACCAAAACCUAAUCAAUGAAACAUGAACACAUCCUGCAAAUGUUUGGUUUCUCUUUUAAUGUUUUGAUCUCCCUUCAAAAUCUGUUUUGCUCUUUUCUAUGGUUGCUUCACGUGGGCUUUGU